AUGCAGGGUUGCAGCCACAAGCCGCAAUGGCGUCCCCGCCCUUCCGCCGAGACAGCAGCAGCAGCAGCAGCAACAGUACUAUCCUCCACCCCCACCCCGCGGCAGCAACAGCAGCAGUACUACCAGCCUCCACCGCAGCAACAGCAGCAGUACUACCAACCGCCACCGCAGCAGCAUCAGUAUCAACAGGCCCCGUCGUGGCAACAGCCACCGCAACCAAGUCAGCAGCAAUAUCACGGAUCACCGUCGGGAUUCUCGCCACCACCACAACAGCAGCAGCCGCAGCAGCAGCAGCAGCAACAUUACGGCGCGCCCGCGGGGUUCCCGCCGCCGCCGCAACAGCCCGCGCCGCCGCCAUCGCUCUGGACCGAGCAUCUCUUCUACGCAAAUGGCAACCCCACACCGGCGUUUGAGUCCCUGAUGGGGAAGGCAUUCUCCGGCUUCCUGGACGCGUCGCAGUUCGCGACAGAGCACAACAUUUGGAAAAACAACUACAAGGUGAACCCCAUGUUCGCUGCCGAAGACAUGGCCGACUACGAGUUCAAAGCCGCCCUCGAAGCUCCCGUACGGGGGAUGCCGCUGCUGACGCGGGCCGGCUUUAUCGACUACAUGGGCCUCGAGUACGCGGGCGACCCGGACCUCUGCCUGGCGUUUCUCAACGCGGCCUUGCGCUUCUACAACGUGCCAUCGGCGGCCAAGGGCCCCGUGCCACGGUAUCUGUUCCCUGCAGCGCGUACCCCGGAGCUGCAGAGGCGGAUCGACGAGAGCUCCGCGCGGUGCCGGAGCGCGGCGCAGAGCCGGUUGAACGCGGUGACGGUGCAGCAUCAGCUGCAGGCGCAGGGACGGCAGGCGGCGGUGGACUUGGUGUCGGAUGUGCGAUACGUCUACUAUUGA